UUUUAUGUGUUAAACACGAUAAAAAAAAAUACCAGAAACACCAACAAACUAUUUGAAAAAAAUACUAAAAUACAAGAGAGGCAACAGCAGUAAUCAACACGCUGAGAAAGAAUAUAAAAAGUUGAAUGAAAUAAAAACAAUUGUGGCGUUUAGUGCGAACAAAAGCGAAAACAAACAGUGCGGUGGAAUAAAAGAGUUAAAAGGACGGAAAAAUCCAUGUGCGAAUCCAUAAAUUUUGUUGAAAAUUUUCGCUAAAAUUCGCCCUGCAGCAAGUGUGUAUGAGUGCUUGUCGAUUGAGUUGACAACAAACUGGGCUCAAUUCCGACGAAUGUAUCGUUUCAUGUGAAACUGUUUUAGUAUUUCUCCACCCUCCCGAAACGAAAGAGAAACGAAAACCAACAACACCGAAAUCAUCGAAGCGGUUAAUUUACUUUGUGCGAAAUUCCGUUUAUAAUUCAAAACAGUGUUAUUUUAUCGGUGUUUUCUUGAUUGUCCAUCACUGUUACCUAUUCAAUUGGUCGUGGUGGUGUGGUUUGGUGUAUGUGGUUUAACUGUGAAGUCAAUAUACGUGUCAAGCGCGCGUUUGCACCACAGAACAAAAGAAAUUCGUCGACGUUAAGAGGUGAAAGUUCUUUUGAAUUUGAACUGCUGCAAACGAAGAGUGGUGUACUUUAUAAUUAUAAUAGCGGCGUAUUGACGGAAAACAAUAGACAACAAAGCCAAAGGGAAGAAUCUCUUUAAAACAUAUCAAUGAAUUAUUUGACUUAUUCCCAACGACAACGACAACAACGAUUCAUGACAGUAAAUAUUACUUUUCAGCAUUUGAUAAAUGUGCGGCUUCAAUUGUAGCAUUCAUUUUUAAUGUGACAUUCAACGGUCGACCGUGUGUUCAAAGUGGAAAGCAAACAAAAAACACACACAAAGAAUAAAGCAAAAAAAAGUAAAAUAUCACUCGCAACACACAAAAUCUGUGUAAAAUAAGUGGAAUAAUAGACGGUUGUGGUAUUUAGAAACAGGCUUAGCCGGAAAACUUUAGCGUGAAGAACUCACAAAACUCAUACACAUACACCGUAUUUUUGUAUUUUUCCGAACAACAACAAGCAGCAACAAAAAAGAAAAACAAAACUAACAAGUGAGCAAAAUAAUCGUAUCACAUUUUGUUUUGCGGCUAUAUAAUAAAUGUGUGCCAUAUCGCUCAUUUCGAAUGCAUGGUAAAAAGACUUGAAUAGAGAAACAGCAGAAACAGGAACAGAAAAUACCACGUGAAAUCUCAAACGAGAUCAUAUUCGUGUCGACACCGUGAGAUAGAUACAAUGAAAUUAGACAGGCAUCAUCGUUGACAGCAUAAAUUGAACAACAACACCAUUGCGACAACGGUGGUGUGAAGAAGGUGAAAAAGCAUACACAAAACAACAUCCCAGCACAGCUGAUUUGCGAAAUCGAAACGGGAAAGAGAGAAAGAGAGCAAAGGAGCUUAGAAGCAGAAGUUUGGAACAGCAAUCAUAAAACAUAUAUCGGGAAGCUUAACCACGGCUAACUGCAUCAAGCGAAAAAAAAAACAUUACGAUUUGCGGCCAAAACAAGGAAAUUAGAACCGAAUAAAGAAGAUCGAAAUCAAAUCAACGGCUCCAAACGGCACAUAUAAAAAAAGAGUGUAAUCUUUUUUGUGUUCUUUUUUUAUUGCAAUUGAAUCGUAAUUUUUCGAAAUAAUACACGUUAGCACCAUGGUUGAUUGCGGCUUCUGCAUUGAUGUCGGCUUUUUUUCACUCGCACUCUCCAAAAACGCAUCAUAAUUUUCAUUUGCAUUUAAAGUAUUUCGCAUUGGAUGAACAGAGAAAAAAAGAUCAACAAACUGAAUUUUCCGAUUGGAACUGUGUGUGCGUUCUUUUUUCAUGCCAUUUUUGCGAAUGGACAAUAUAACACUUACGCCAAUUCACCAAAAUGCGGCCGAAAAACGUUGGAAAAAACGCGACAACCCAAUGAAAUGCAAAAGUGUCCGUGUCCAAUAAAAAUUUAAAUAAUUUUUUUUCUGGUCUGUUUUCACUUGCUCGUUGGCAUUGAGUGUGCAGCGCGCAUUAUUCCAUUGUAAAAGAAGUCCAACGACAUAGAGUAAAAAAUCAUGAAUUAAUUACCAACAAUGAACAUCGCAACAAAAAUUUAAUCUUCUAUAAAAUUGAAAAAAAAAACCGUCUCUGUCUCUCUCUCGCUCUCUGAAAGAGGAAUGCGCGUGUGAAUGAAACAGCAUAGAAAAAAAAAAUACAUUUUAAAUUAUUCUGCAUUGUGUAAAAAUAAAACGAAAAAAAAAACGAGCAUGUAUCGUGAAUGAAUCGAUACGAGUUGAACAAAUAUUGCCGAUCACAAUAAUUGGUUUUACAGAAACGGAGCAGCGAGUAAUUUUCACCGAAUUUAAAUAAAACGGUGCAAUCAUAUUUUCUCAUUUGGACAGCAAGAGAUUAAAGUUCAGCCGAGAUCGAAAUACAUGCACAUCGGAGCUACCGAGUAAGAGUUGGACAAACUUAUUUCUGAUUGAUUGCGGUAAAAGCGUUGUUCUGUGACGAAUUUAAUUUCCUAUUCGAACAAAAACAACAAGAACUGCAGAAGAAAAAAAACACUGUGAACAAUUAAAAAAAAUACAUACAUAUAACGAAAUCAUCGCGACUGGUGGGUAUUUACGCGCCGGAAAAUAACCCAGUGAAACCAAUUGAUUAAAUUGAGUGUUCAGCUGCGUGUAUGUAGGACAUUCAUUUAUCGCUUCGACACUGAUUAAUCAACUAGUAAUUUUGUUUGAUUUCACACGCGCUUCUGAUCUACAGCCCGCCGACAAGAAUCACACCGUUGCUAUCACACACCAACAACGAAAAAACACAACAACAACAACAACAAGAGCAGGAACAGCAGCCGCAUCAUCAGUCUCGCACGGCAUCAGAAAAAAAAACUGCAACAGCAGCCAAACCAUCACUAAAUCGAUUGCAAAGUAAUAAAUUUCUACGUGUGUGUGUGUUUCGAUUCAGUGAAAUAAAAAAAACGAACGCAAAUUCGAUCUCACUGCGGGCAAUUAUGUGACAUCGUUUUCAGUCAUCCGAGAAUGACCAUAAACUAUUUGCUAUGGGAACAUAAUAAAUUAACGAAAUAACAAAUGUGUUUUUCGUGUAUAUGUUGCCAUUUUAUUUGUGUGUGUUAAAAUUUUGGCGAGCGCGGUUUUUUUCCCGUUCGUUGUACGCGCAAAUGCAGUAAAAAUAUAUAAACAAAUGCAAUUUGGUGGAAAAAUGUAAAUUGGUUUAAAACAAAACGCAUUUCGUAAAUAAUUGAGUGAAUAUAAAUAAAUGAAAAUAUAAACAAAUACCGGGAAACCAAUAAGUGAGCUUGGGGGAUAACAGAUAGAAACAGAAAAAAAACGAACACAGACUGACACCAAGUGGCGUACAACACACGGCCUCCAAGCGAAUGGUUCAGUUGUGGUAAAAAUAUUUAAUUAAAUAUGAACUCAAAGCGAUAUUUCAUUGCUCAUAACAUUUUCAAUUUGCGAUUUGUGAACGCAUUCGAUUAAUAUUGGUGCGUUUUCAAUUAGAUUACGUGGAAAACCUCAUAAAUUAGAUUCGAUCAGCAUAAAAAAAAAUCCGAUCCAUUCGGCGCAACAUUGCCAAAUACUGAUAAUUGCCAUCGAGUCAUUUGUCGCGGUAUUCGACGAAAUAAAAGGACAAGUAGCUUGCAAAUGUGGGAAAAAGGACACCGAGGUCAUUCGACUGAUCUAAAUAGAAUUCCCAAUAACAUUUAAUCGACAUUGCUUGGCGAAAAACGCAACGUAAACAAACAACAACAGUUCAGCAGUGAACAGAGAACGAAAUACAGUUUUAAAAAAACAAGUGGUCGAAACAUACAUUCGAUUUUUGGACAAAAUGAAAUCACAACACAGUACAAAAUGUGUUGGCAGCGCCGGAAGCAGCCAACGACUCAACGCUAAAAUAACAAAUGACAACAAUGCACACCAUCAUCACGGUGGAAAAGCCAUUGCUUUUCGCCCUCGUGCGCAUUUUUUCAAUUUCAUCGCAACCAUUUUAUUCGCAACGAUUAUGAUUGUCAAUGUUCGGAAUUCAUGCGGAUUAAUUGAAAUUCAAACAGAAAAGGAAAAACACGUGCGAACGAUCGAUGUACAGGCUGUUGAAGGGAAUCGAAUAUCCUUGCCAUGUCCGCUAAUACCUCCGUCCAGAGAUAAGGUCUACAUGGUUUUGUGGUUUCGCGACGAUGCCGGCAUACCAUUAUACAGCUUUGACGUACGCGGACGGCCUUUGAAUGAUGCUCAACACUGGUCAGCACCGGAGACAUUUGGGUCACGGGCUCGUUUCAAUGCAGACGUAGAUCCGGCAACAUUGGAUAUCAAGAAUAUAAAGCGCCACGAUCAAGGCAUUUAUCGAUGUCGUGUGGAUUUUCGAACGAGCCAGACACAGAGUUUCCGCUACAAUUUAACCAUUAUAAUUCCACCCGAGUAUCCAUUAGUAUUGAAUCGAUGGGGUCAUCAAUUGAACGGAACAAUACUUGGACCGAUGGAAGAAGGCGACGAUAUUGUGUUAACAUGCCGAGUAACUGGUGGUCGACCGCAGCCGCAGGUUCGAUGGCUCGUAAAUGGUGUUCUUGUCGAUGAUCAAUACGAACACAAUACCGGCGAUGUAAUUGAAAAUCGACUGUUGUGGCCAGCCGUACAACGAUCCGAUCUCAAUGCAAUAUUCACUUGUCAGGCCGUAAAUACAAUCCUCGUUGAACCCAAAGAAAGUAGCUACAUCUUAGACCUACACCUGAGACCAUUGAAUGUGGAAAUUUUGGACACUCCACCGCAAUUAGUGGCCGAAAGACGAUACGAAAUCAAAUGCGAAAGUAACGGAUCUCGACCGAAUGCCAUCAUAACAUGGUACAAGGGAAAGCGACAGCUUCGAAGGACAAAGGAUGAGACAUUCAACAUGACGAGUCGCUCCGAAUUAAGUUUCGUGCCGUCGACUGAGGAUGAUGGCAAAUCGAUAACAUGUCGUUCUGAAAAUCCAAAAGUAACGGGACUAUUUCUGGAAACAACGUGGAAAUUGAAUGUUGUCUAUCCACCGAUAGUAACAUUGCGCCUGGGAUCAACAUUGUCGGAUAACAUCAAAGAAGGCGAUGACGUGUACUUCGAGUGCUUGGCUGUGGCUAAUCCCCAAUGGCGAAAAUUGUACUGGUUACACGAUGGAGUGGUUCUAACGCACAAUGCAAGCGCCCGAGUUAUUCGAUCCAAUCAAAGUUUAGUGUUACAACGCGUCACAAGGCAUUCGGCUGGAAACUAUUCGUGCAGCGCAAUAAAUGCUGAAGGCGAAACCGUUUCUAAUCAACUGGAAUUGCGCGUCAAAUAUGCUCCACUGUGUGCUACUGAUAAGGUUGUCAUUGUCGGUGCAUUUCGAAAUGAGAAUCUCAACAUUUACUGUGAAGUGCAUGCUGAUCCACCCCCAAGAUCGUUUCGUUGGAAAUUCAACAAUUCUGGAGAAACAUUGGAUGUGGGCAAAGAACGUCAUCACCGCAAUGGUUCAACCAGUGUUUUGCAAUAUACACCAGUCACAGAUCAAGAUUACGGAACUUUAUCGUGUUGGGGACAGAACGAAGUCGGUGUUCAGAUUCAACCGUGUGUUUUUCAAAUCGUAUUAGCAAGUCUUCCAACGGCUGUUAAAAAUUGCACAUAUAGCAACCAGACGCAAAUUUCCGUUGAGAUUCAUUGCAUCGCUGGCUACGAUGGAGGCUUACCGCAGUAUUUUGUGUUGGAAUUGGUAUCGGCACAAACCGGACGCGUGAGAUUUAACUUAACCAAUUCGGAGGAGCCGUAUUUCUUGGUCGAGUCAUUGGAAGCAUUACAUUCGUUCGAUAGUGUUGAGGAUCGUACAUUUCGAGUGGUUAUCUAUGCGAUGAAUCAAAAAGGUCGAAGUUCGAAGGUAAUCCUCAAGGAUUUACUCAUUGGCGAUCGAGAUCAUCAUUCAGCUUCUGUGGAAAGUGGUGUAAUGCAACUGUCGCCGAUAUUCUUUGGUAUUUUAUUAACCAUCUUAUGUCUGCUGUCGUAUUGUGUGGUGCGCAUUUUAUGGAAGCGUUCACAACAGCAUAAAACUGACGAUGUCACUGAUGGCUCGAAGCAAUCAAGCAGUUUACUCUGUACAAGUGUUGUUGGUAAUACGAAUGGAACUGCCAACAUUGCCAAUCACACGGAUACGAUAACAAAGAAGUACUCCAAAUCCAGCCCACGAUGGCAGUAUAAUAAUAGUGGCAACAAAGACAUUAAGGCUGCAACCGAAUUACUCGAAGAUGAACGUGAUCCUGACGUCAUUCCAGCACAAUUUUCCGCCAACGAUAUUUCACUUAGUAAUUACAAAACAGAAUGGUCGGACGAGCCAUAUUAUGACAUUAAAUAUUCCGGUCAUGAAAAUCGCCCGAAAAAUUUACUGCUAAAAUCUGUAACAACAAAUGUUCCAUCCCAAGAUUUAAUACUAGGUUCAUACUUUACGAAUAGUAAUAACAGUUGCAGCACAGCAACGACGACGACAACAAUGUCGACGUCGUCGAUGUCGGCAACUGGAACAAUACGGCCAACAUCGACGACAACAGCAAUGGUCACUGCAGUCACAAUGGGACCGACUACGACGACAACAGCUUCGGCGAAUGCAACAUCAAUCGAUUUAGAUAUUAAUGUUCACGCUAUUAAAAAUAUGUUAAUGGCAACACGUGUGCCCGAAAGUUGUGUAUAAAUCACUAAAGACGAGCGCGCGAGCAGCAUUCACGCGGCGCAACACUUUUUCCGACUACUCUCUGCCAACACACUCACGAGAUGGGAUGGACAUAGAACACAAAAAAAAAUAGAACGAAACAACAAUAUGUACCGGAAAAUACAGAGAGCGAGAAAGAAAUGGAGCAAGUGGAAAAGGUUUGUGUGUGUAUAUAUUCAUAGAUAUAUAUAUAUAAAAUACGCCUAUAGAGUAUGUAAGUUAAGCAUUUGAAAUGUUUCGAUAAAAAAUAUAGAGUACUUAAAUGUAUGGAGAAGAAGAAAAACAGAACAAAAAAAAACUGAUAGCAUUAAUAAUAGUGCAGCAAACAGGACAAAGAAAUAGAGAGCAAACCUCUGUAACGAACUAUUUUACUGGGAAAUUGAAGAAAAACAAUGAAACGAAAUCAAAUGACAAAUGGUAAAAUAUUGAAAGCGAAACGAAAGAAGGAAGAGAAAUAUCACAGGCGU